AUGACUUACCGGCGCCUUGCGCCCAUUCUGACAGGGAGGAUCGUUCAGGUGGACGACAUACCUGUCCGUUCCUCGGUUCCCCGCUGCCACACCGUCAAGGAAGGGACGGUGAACCGAAGGGAUGAGCAGGCGGUGCGCUCAGGCAAUACAGAGGGCAGCCGCAGUCCGGGUCCUGGGCCGGGCCGCGGGGAGAGGCUGGUGAUGGAUGUGAGCCGGGCCGUGCUCAGAGCCUGGUGCCUGUGUCUGUGUGUCGCUGUAGUCACAUGUGAUGAUCCUUUGUACUCUGAGCCCUGGCUUCGAUCAGUGAGUUUGAACAGACAUAUUGUAAAGAAUGGAUUUCAUAGAGAGUUAGUAAUGGAUGUUGACCUUGGUGAAGGUGCUCAACCCGGCUGUCGCAUUGUGAUUAAGGAACAGUUACCGCAAGGGCUUUAUGUGGAUCCAUAUGAACUUGCUUCAAUGCGAGAGCAGAAGAGUAAAGAGAUAUUCGUUCAGGAUGAGAUCGACAUUGAAGCUCCAGAAUAUUUAUCAGCAACACAUGCAAUUAUCGUUUAUCUGAAGCCUGACCUGAGACAUCAUGGACAUUUUACUGGUACAGUCCCAGUACAUGUACGAUAUCAUCGGCCAACAGACAGAGAGGAAGCCAUUGCUUUGGUGACCCUUCCAGGUCCACAGUUGAUGAUUCACUGUCAGGAAAAUAGUCCAUUACCGGAAAGUUGGAAACUUGGUGUAACACAGGCUCCCUGCUCAGCAAGUAAUCACAGUAUCUGUAUCUGGCUGAAUGUUAACUAUCAGAAUAGAUUGCCAAGUCGCAGGAUCACUUCCUGUCUCGGGUUGCUGGGUAUCACAAUUCCUCCUUUUUGUAGGUUGUGGAAUCCCUAA